GCGAGGCAGCGGAACGUCAAGUAGAACUGAAAGAUGUCAACGUCGAAGUUACUCAGACAGCGGGCCCAGGAGAUCCUGGGCUCUCGCAAACAUGCAAAUAAUCUGCUGGACAUUCUCAAUAUGUGGCAGAGCCAUCCGAAUCCAUGUAUCAUGACAAUUGAAGUCAUUUUCGAGGAAUUGCUUCGCCGUGGUGAUUUGUACCAGGAACGCACCAUCUCCCUAACCAUUUCAGAACCAACACCAGAAAUUAGAUACGUCAACUGGUUAAGAAAUUGUUAUGAAGAAGUUUGGGACAAGUUGCUCAACUCCAUGGAGGACUCGAGGCCAACUGUACAAACACAAGCCUUAUCAACUGCUAUUAAAUUAAUGGCAGCAGAAGGAAAAUCUCCAUUGGAGCCUGUAAACAAUAUUGAAUAUUAUUUUCCUCUGAGUAGAUUAAAAUCAAUUAUUAUGAAAAUUUUGUCACCAGAUAGAGAUAACGUUUCUCUUAUAACAAGAUUUCAAGAAAUUUCUAGUUAUGUAGAUGCUCUGCAUUACACAUGGAAGAGCCUUCCUUCGCUCACUCCAAAGAGACAACCACACAAUGUAUACAUUAAGAAUUUAUUAGAUUUCAUACACAAGUUGCCUCUGCCCCAAGAAAGUAGCGACAGUAAUCAAGAUUUACUUUGUGGACCGCAAGGUUCAGGGGAAUUCAAAUGUGAUUAUGCUGCUGCAAAAAAAGCCUUAAACAAAGUGUGGUCGUGCAUUAUGCACUGGGAAGUGACACAACAAUUGCACAAGCAACUACUAAUUGUUCUCUUGGAGCGAGUUAUGUCUCAAUUAGAUAAACCCAUAUUAAUGACAGAUUUCCUGAUGGAUUCUCUAGACGCAAAUGGUCCGAUCGGUUUAUUGGCGCUACAAGGAGUGUUUAUAUUAGUCACAAAGCACAACUUGGAUUAUCCAAAUAUUUUUACCAAACUGUAUUCGAUGUUUGAACCAGAAAUUUUUCAUACAAAGUACAAAGCGCGAUUGUUUUAUUUAUCAGACAUAUUCUUAAGUUCCACGCAUCUGCCAGAAGCUCUAGUUGCUGCAUUUGCAAAACGACUAUCGCGAUUAACGUUAGUCGCACCACCCGAAGAUAUUCGCAUAAUUCUACUAUUUAUUGGUAAUCUACUGAUGCGCCAUCCAGGUCUAAAGCGAUUAAUUGAUAAACCACUUGGCAGUAGUGGUAGCAAGAAUAUAUCACCUUAUGAAAUUAGUGCAGCACCCAACGACCCUUACCUUAUGGAAGAGCGCGAUCCUCUACAAAGUAAUGCCAUGCAAAGUAGCCUUUGGGAAGUAAAAUCUCUCCAGUGCCAUAUGUUACCUAGCGUGGCCACGGCUGCACGCUUCAUCCGCGAACCCUUGCCCAGUGUAGAGUAUGACAUGGCUACAGCUCUCGAACAAACUGGAAGCCACAUCUUUGACCGAGAGCUUAAAAAUAAAAUUAAGGAUAUUAUGGUGACGUUUGAACGGCCCAAUUCAAUGGCACUGCCUAAAGGAGAACGACUAUUACAGUAUUGGCAGCUUACCACAAUGCAUUAGUAGCACAUAAAAUGCGAUUCCUUUUUAUUUUGUUUAAAGAACAAAAACUCGUUUAUGUACACACAAUGGAAUUUCGUCUUUCAUCGUGUCUGUCUUUUUUCAAAAGGUAACAAAUGCUAUCAUGAAAUUUUUUCACUACGCAAUAUUUUUGUAUGCCGCGAGAGAUUAAAAUUAAAAAAAAAAAUUCAACUUUCCUACACUGAUUGCAGUUGUUUAUGGAUAUUUGAUUAUUUACCAUCAAAUAGAAUCUGCACUUCGUAUUUUUUUUUAGCGACUAGUGUAUUAGGAAAUUAAAUUAAUUUCUUUUUUAUUUUUAAUCUCCCAAAAAAUAUUGCUAAACAAAAUAUCCCGAACUAUUUAACCUGAUGGCAACCGAUAAAAAAAGUUUUCAAACUUGCCAUUUAUAAAUACAAUGGUAUUUGAAUUAUGUUAGACUAUAAAUGUUACAUUUAAGCAUCAAUUAAAUAGUGUAACGUGUAAGUCAUUAAGGAUUGAUGAAAUCACCAAUAUUAUUUCCUUAAGGCAAAUCAAUCUGUUAUGUUCUUUGUGUAUUGUUAUAUUGUGCAUCCCUUAAAAAUCAAAGCCAGCUUCUUUAUCGAAUAUGUAUAUUGUGUAAGUUUUGUUAUAUUUAUAUAGAUAAUGGUAUGAAAUUUAUUUUUCUUUAAUAACUGUAGGUUCGAUUAAGCAUUAAAUAGAUUGACUAGCUUAAUUAGAAGUAAGGUCUCUGUUAAAAAGUGUAUGUUAGAACAAGACAUGAUUUUUAUAAGUAAAUUUAUUUUUUUUGCAAUGAUCGGCAAUAAAUGUACAGUACUUACAGUAUAAAAAAAAAUCAUUUCAUUAAAUUUUCAAUUUCGUAUAAAUCUGUACUAUUAGUUUUUUUUAAUUCACUUGAUUGAAUCUUUGUUCAAUUUAAAUUUUGUACUGAUGCAAUAAUCACCCACAAAAUCAAACUAGGCUGUCAAAAUAUUGAGUACAUGACAAGUUAGCUCACAGAUUAUUGUGAGUUUUUGUUAGAUUUUACAAAAAAUAGUUGUACCCAAUUUUACGCAAUAUUUCAAAAGUUCGGUUUGAAAUAAAUGUUUAAAAAGCUAAAAAAACUUUGAAAAUUAAAACUGUGCAAAAUACAAACCAGUCUUUAUGAUGUAGUUUAAUUUUUGAACGAUUAAAAAACAUUGUACUUGAGCACUGUUUCAAAUUUCGUUUUGUAAGAUGAAGUACCCUUAUUUAUAACUUCAAAAUCUUUGACACAUGACCUUGUCAAGCGAUUCAUGGAAUACCUAAUUAUAAUUAAAAGCUUUUCUAACGCAUGAGAAAGCAACAUAAGAUAACAAACUUCGAUAUAACUCUACAAUGACAAAACUUGUUAUUUGAUUAAAAAAGUGUGCUAACUUGUAAAGUUAGCGAUAAACACUAAUUUUAUUAUAGUAAUCAUCUAUACAUACGAAAAUAAAGUGAUACAAUAUUUUAAU